AGGUGUAUACACUGCGAUUACAAUAACAAAAACAUUUUUUCAUCAAGUCGUUAGUCGUUUACCGAUUUUUGUUUGACAACGUGUCCUAUUUUGCGCCCGUAUUUUGUUUUUUUCACUUGUCACAAUGGAUGAAGACAGUGGAUCCAACGAUACCUCACCGAUGAAAAGAAAUCCUCGUGGAAAAUUUAUUGGUUCUCGUCAGAAAUUGAUGAUUGUAAACCUCUACAAGGCUAAAAUGGCGCAGCAAAAAAAUGCAGACGGCCCAAAAUUAAAAGCGAAGGAGAUAAUCAAGAUUAUUUCAGAAGAGAGUGGCAUAGGGCAAAGAACAGUGAGUAUUACUUUAUCGGAAUACCGAAAUAAAGGCAGUGUAUCAUCACCUAACAAAACCAAAGUCCAACCCACUGUUACGGAAAAAGUUGAAGAUUUUGAUUUGAUUCGGAAAAAAGUCCACGAGUUUUGGCACAGGCGAGAAAUUCCAACUCUAAAGAAAAUUUUAACUGCAGUCAACAAAGAUACCAAAUUUUUCAGAAACAUCAUUACGUAG